UUUACUCUGACACUUCCCGGAAGUUCUCCCCAAACUGUUUUCGCUGCCAGAGGGGGAUUUGAGUGCGAAAAUGGCGACGUCUCGUUGCACUUCCCAGCAGCAACAACAACAAAACUUAUCCUCCCCACCAAGACCCGACCCCAGUCCCCUCACGCCUCCAGAAUCACCCACAGACACCGGCGUCUCUGCGGCUGGUGGGGAGCCGGAAAGCAUCGGGGAUCCGGAGAUCACUGCAGAAAUCCCUGCUCCGCUCCUCAGCAGCAGUAGCAGCUCCAGCUCGAGCAGCACUAGCUCGUCUACCACCGGCGGGGGCAGUAGUGCGGGCUCCACUCCCGACUCCGGUAGUGCCAGUCCUGGAGGCAGCGUCUGCGGGACGAGUGGGGCUUUCAGGGAGCUAUUUGAGGCCUGCAGGAAUGGGGACGUGUCUCGGGUGAAGAGGCUGGUGGAUUCGGUCAAUGUAAACGCAAAGGACAUGGCCGGGCGCAAGUCCACCCCGCUUCACUUCGCUGCAGGUUUUGGAAGGAAAGACGUUGUGGAACAUCUCCUGCAGACGGGGGCGAAUGUGCACACAAAAGACGAUGGAGGUUUGAUCCCGCUACACAACGCCUGUUCCUUCGGUCACGCCGAGGUGGUCAGCUUGUUGCUUUGUCAAGGAGCCGAUUCCAAUGCCAGAGACAACUGGAAUUACACUCCGCUCCAUGAAGCCGCCAUCAAGGGCAAAAUUGACGUAUGCAUCGGUAAGCCCCCCUUCUUCUGUCUCUUCUACACCGACAACAAUG